CAGAGGCAGCUGCUGUGGCCCUCAUUCAGGACUGUCGGCUGCCCCCAUCCCAGGCAGAAGAGAAUCUGAGAGAAUGGAGCCGAGUACCUGUAGGACCAGCGAAUCAGAGGAAGACUAUGUUGAGAAAAAGGAAUCUGAGAAAUGUGUUAAAGAGGAAGCUACCAUCCCCUCUAACUCUUCACAGCAGGCUCUCUUAAAAGCUGACUAUAAGGCAUUAAAAAAUGGGGUUCCCUCACCCAUUAUAGCCACAAAAAUUCCGAAGAAAGUCAUAGCCCCAGCUGACACAGGCAACUUAGAAGCUGGGAGGAGGAAGAGAAGGCGGAAACGCAGAUCCCUGGCCAUCAACCUGACCAACUGCAAGUAUGAGAGUGUGCGUCGGGCAGCCCAAAUGUGUGGCCUGAAGGAGGUGGGGGAGGAUGAAGAGUGGACUCUGUACUGGACAGACUGCUCUGUCUCGCUGGAACGAGUCAUGGACAUGAAGAGGUUUCAGAAAAUCAACCACUUCCCUGGCAUGACAGAAAUCUGCCGCAAAGAUCUGCUGGCUCGGAACCUCAACCGCAUGCACAAACUCUAUCCCUCUGAAUACAACAUCUUCCCCCGCACCUGGUGCCUCCCCGCAGACUACGGGGACUUCCAGUCCUAUGGUCGUCAGCGAAAAGCCCGCACGUAUAUCUGCAAGCCAGACAGUGGCUGUCAGGGACGUGGCAUCUUCAUUACCCGAAAUCCCCGGGAGAUCAAGCCAGGAGAGCAUAUGAUCUGCCAGCAAUACAUCUCCAAGCCCUUCCUCAUUGAUGGCUUCAAGUUUGAUAUGCGAAUCUACGUCCUGAUCACAUCCUGUGACCCUCUCCGGAUCUUCAUGUAUGAGGAGGGCCUGGCCCGUUUUGCCACCACGCCCUAUGUGGAGCCCAGCCAUAACAACCUGGACAAUGUCUGCAUGCACCUGACCAACUAUGCUAUCAACAAACACAAUGAGAAUUUUGUCCGGGAUGGUGCUGUGGGCAGUAAGAGGAAGCUGUCGACACUCAACAUCUGGCUGCAAGAGCACAGCUACAACCCUGGAGAGCUGUGGGGGGACAUCGAGGACAUCAUCAUCAAAACCAUCAUCUCAGCCCAUUCUGUUCUACGCCACAACUACCGAACCUGUUUUCCCCAGUAUCUGAAUGGAGGUACAUGUGCCUGUUUUGAGAUCCUUGGUUUUGACAUCUUGCUGGACCACAAGUUGAAGCCCUGGCUGCUAGAGGUAAACCAUUCUCCAAGCUUUACCACUGACUCACGCCUUGAUCAAGAGGUAAAGGAUGCACUUCUCUGUGAUGCUAUAACCCUUGUCAACCUCCGGGGCUGUGACAAAAGGAAGGUGAUGGAGGAGGAUAAGCGGCGAAUCAAGGAACGGCUUUUCCAGUGCUACCAACAGCCACGAGAAUCGAGGAAAGAAAAAACUGAGUCAUCCCAUGUGGCAAUGCUGGACCAGGAACGAUAUGAGGAUUCUCACCUGGGAAAAUACCGGCGGAUCUACCCUGGGCCUGACACAGAGAAGUAUGCCCACUUCUUCAAGCACAAUGGCUCCCUCUUCCAGGAGACUGCUGCUUCCAAGGCCAGAGAGGAGUGUGCCAGGCAGCAACUGGAGGAGAUCCGCCUUAAGCAGGAACAGCAGGAGACCUUGGGCAGUAAGAGGCAAAAGGCCAAGGACCAGAACCAGGGUGAAUCAGCUGGGGAGAAAAGCCAACCCAGGGCAGGGCUCCGGAGCCAUUCCACCCGCUUGGCUUACAGGAACCACAGCUGGGAGAAAGAGCUGCUGCCAGGACAGCUGGACACCAUGAGGCCUCAACAAAUUGUGGAAGAGGAGGAGCUGGAGCGGAUGAAGGCCCUGCUACAAAGGGAGACUCUCAUCCGAAGCUUGGGUAUUGUAGAGCAGCUCACCCGUCUGCAGCACCCUGGCCCCCAGGGCCAGAAAAAACUUCAUGAGAGUCGGGACAGGCUAGGCAGUCAAAAACUGAAACCUGGGAGUCUGGUUCUAUUUGUGCUCCUAAGAGGGGCUGCCACAGAGCAGGGCCCUCCUCAUUUGCUGCAUCCAGUUCUGCCCCAUAAAUCGAUCCCCAGGAUCUUAGGGGCACUGUCAAGCAUGAAUGCUGCAAUCCCACAUGUUCCCCGGUGCCAUCUGCAGCCCAAGAACUUCACCUGGACAGGAGAGCCGGCAGCCAUCAACUCCUGUUCAUUGUCAAUGAAGAAGGCUGGGAGGCGCUAUUUUUCCAGUGACAGAAUCAGGCUGACUAGCCAAGGACAAGCCAGCAGAAGGCUAGAAGCCAUAAACCGAGUCCUGGCAGGAUCAGUGCCACCCACUUUAACCCCAAAGCAGGGCUAUCUUCUGCAACCGGAAAGAGUGGCAUCUGACUCAUGGACUGAAUGCACCUUGCCCUCCAUGGUAAACUCUGAACACAGAACAGCCAAGGUUUCCCUCUGCCCUGCGUCUGCACCCGUGCUGCAGCGUUCCAGAGCACUCCUCAACAUCAAUCAGUUCAGGUAAAAGCAGGAGGGAAGCACUCUACCUCUCCUGGAGAACCUCCCCAGGUUUCCAAAGGGUUUCCAAAGGGCAUUCAAUCUUUGCUAAAUGAAAGACUGCCACCAAGUUCCUCUUUGAAAAGCCCUGCCCAGGAACCCCAUUUGUAAAAGGCAAAAUACAAAGACACCAAGAAUUCCUCAAUAACCUAAGAUUAACUGGGGAUCAGUAAAGACUAGAAGAUGAAGAGGCGCCAAGGCCAGCCAUGUACUCAUUUCUGCUUAUCAAGCCUUAGCCUGGGUUUAUCGCUAGGUGAUGGGUCUGAACCCUAGGUGCGGCCCGGGGCUGGAGGUCAUCCAGGAGACAAAGAGCCCCUUUCCCAGAGAAGCCGAGUGCCCAAGGCACUGGGCUGUCGCCGUCAGAAGACUGCCGAGCGGAAGCCCUGCCCACCAAGGUGGCGGAGACAGGCAGGCCUGGGGAGCCGCUGGGGCGGAGGGACGGCUCUUGGAAACUGAAUCCGUACUUUAAUUAAAAUUUAUGCAGUUUUCCAGGAGCGUCCUGUACCUCAUUUCGGCCCUCACGUUUCAGCCAAGCCCUCUCCACAGCUACAGCCAGAAAGGGUGGGCCACUGAGCAGCGUGAGACCAGAUCUCACGGCCACCAAAUGAAGAGGGAAAUGCUUGCUACUACCCAGCUUCCGGCCCGCCCCUUCCACUUCCGGCCUUACCCGGCUACUUCCGCUGCUGUUUCGUAGCAGACUGCUGAAGGCUGGUUUGCGUCGACAUGGCGGUUUCCCUGAGUGUCUUGCUGGGGGGGCGCGUUUGCGCUGCCGUCGCUCGCUGUGGGUUCGCGACCCGGGGGGUGGCGGGCCCAGGCCCUAUCGGCCGGGAGCCGGACCCCGAUUCCGACUGGGAGCCGGAGGAACGGGAGCUGCAGGAGGUGGAGAGGUACCGGCUUCUCCUCGGGCCCUCAGCUUGAAGCUGGGCCUCGCGCCCCGGCGCCCCAGGCCGCGCCCCCUUGGCGCCGGGUGUCCUGCCGCUGCUUGCGCGGCGGCCCUUGUUUCCUUUUACCCGUUGUUGGUCGCGCAGCGUGAGGUGUUCAGCUCCCCAGGGACCAUUGGUCCCUUCAUUAGCGACGUAUUUCAUCAUUAGUUUAGAGAGUUCGGCAUGCUUACAGGCAGUUAUUGUUCUAGAUGUUAGCUUUCUGGGUGUACAGAGCAGCUCUAAGCCGGCAACACGGCCCGGUUGCCCUUGCGGUCAAAGAGAAGAGGGCUGGGCGCUCCAUGAUUUAGCCUGAGGCUCUUCAAACAUCCAUUCUGCUUCCACGCAUGGCUUCUGCCAUUGAUUCUCUUCCCCCAGCACCCUGAAAGGACAGAAAAAAGCAAUCCGAUUCCAGAAAAUUCGGAGGCAAAUGGAGGCGCCUGGUGCCCCGCCCAGAACCCUGACUCGGGAAGCCAUGGAGCAGAUCCGGUAUUUACGUGAGGAAUUUCCAGAGUCCUGGUCAGUUCCCAGGUUGGCUGAAGGCUUUAAUGUCAGCACUGAUGUGAUCCGAAGAGUUUUAAGAAGCAAGUUUGUACCCACGUUGGAGCAGAAGCUGAAGCAGGAUCAAAAAGUCCUUAAGAAAGCUGGGCUUGCCCACUCUCUCCAGCAGCUCCGGGGCGCUGGAAAUACCUCAAAGCUGCUCCCUGCAGGCCACUCUGUAUCAGGUUCUUUGCUUAUGUCGGGGCAUGAAGCCUUAUCCAAAGAUGCGAAUCACAGCACAGCUUUGAAAGUGAUAGAGUCAGACACUCACAGGACAAAUACACCAAGGAGAUGGAAGGGAAGAAAUAAAGAAAUCCAGCACCUGGAGGAGAGCUUUGUGCCUGUUGCUGUACCCCUAGGUCAUCCAAGAGAGCUACAGAAGUACUCCAGUGAUUCUGAGAGCACCAGAAGAACUGGCAGUGGUGCAUUGCCAAGUGAUCAGAAGCUGGAGGAGUUGAAGGCAGAGGAGCCGGGUAACUUCAGCAGCGAAGUAGUGCAGAGGGGUCAAGAGUUCUUUGACAGCAACGGGAACUUCCUGUACAGAAUUUGAGUCGGGGCUUGGCUUGUGGAGAUGCCUUGUGAAACACAGCUGGGCAAGGAAUAUAUAUGGAACAGCCUGGAUUCCUACAUAUGGAGAAGCCACCUUGGAAUAGGAAGAAGUGUUGAGCCUGGACUGUGGGAGGGAAAAACUGCGUGGAUAGAUUUCAGACUUCCUGUAGUAGUGCCCCCAAUCUGACCUCUGUUGAUCUUCAGUACUCACUCUUCUUGCUUGGACUCUCUGUAUGUUGAAAACCAGCCAUGUUGCAUGUGUUGUUACAAUUUUCUGUGAUACUUGCAAUUUAUAUUUGAGAGGAAGUGAAAAGUUUGCCUUCUGACCUCAUUUCCUUCUUGAUCAGUGAACACUAACAUUUUUGGGACAACUUAGUCAAUUGUUUUCCUUACAAGCAAAAUAAAGUAAAAUGUAGCAGUC